AUGACCCCUUUUAGCCAGCCUUCAGUUCCCCCUCUGCCCUCUGGCAUCGACCUUUCAGGCAAGACCGCUAUCGUGACGGGCGCUACAGCAGGAAUUGGACUAGAAAUAUGUCGCCAGCUUCUCAACCACAAGCUAUCCACUCUCAUCAUGGCUGUACGAAACGUAUCAAAGGGCGAGACAACGCGACAAGCCCUUCUCUCUGACCCAGCCGUCAAAUCUUCCGGCCACAAGGCCACUGUCAAGGUCAUGGAACUGAACACGGAGAAUUACUCUAGUGUGCAGAACUUUGCGUCAGCGUUCAUAUCCUCAUUCCAGGAUCUACACCUGGUAAUGGCAAAUGCGGGAAUCGGCACAUUACACAAGGAGCUCGCAAUCUCGGGGCACGAGAAGAACAUGCAGGUCAACUAUCUCUCCAAUGUCGCUCUCACACUCGCUCUUCUUCCCAUUCUCGAAGCCACAGCGACAAGGACUAGGGCACCAACAAGGGUCACUUGGACUGGCAGUCGACAGUACGCUCUGACUCCUUUGGCUGGCAAGAUUCCUCUCGGGAAGGAUGAACAGGUCCUCAAGCACAUUGACACCUAUGAUGGGAUCGACACACUCGGGAGGUACGCUGACAGCAAGGUUCUCUGCGUGCUUUUCCAGCUCGAACUCGCCAAGCACUACAGUCCAGACAAGGUCAUCAUCAACAGCUUCUGCCCCGGUCUCGUCGACACGGGAAUGACGGACGUACUCCCUUUUCACAUCAGAGCUUUUAUGAAGGUUGUGAAAGCAUUGUCAGCACGGUCGCCCGAGAAAGCGGGUUGGAUCGCCCUCAAUGCGGCCGUGGUGGCUGGGGCCGAAACUCAUGGGAAGCUGUUGGGAGACAUGACCAUAGACACGCCUUCUGACUUUGUGCAGAGCGACGAAGGACAGCGGAUUGAAAAGAUGUUGUGGAAUGAAACUGUAAAUGAGAUGGGGGCCAUUAUGGCUGUUCCUGCUUGGAUGAAGCAGUAG